CUGUUGAAUCGGGCUGAUGUCAGACAGGUAACUGCGAUCUUCUAUAUCAACAAGAAUCACGCCAUACCCCACAAAAGACCGAAUAAUGAGUGGGUCGAAUCUGCUCAGAAUAUAACAACAAAGCCCUUAUCUCUGAGCGUCAUUCAUGAUUUGAUUACAUGGGACUGUAGUAAUCUAUUUUGGGUAUUGCAGUCGCCAAGUCCAAGGCUGACGAUUUGUAUUUUUUUUGCGGAUCAGUGUUGAUGACUUGAUGAGCGAGUGUUGAGCCGAACUUGUGUAACUUUUCUGUCAUUCACUUCAAGACAACGUCGUCAGCAUGAGCAGUAACUGAAUCUGAAAUAGUCAGGACUCGUGUGGUUUUGGUUAUGUAGCUUUGGAAGCGUUUCAGAAAAAAAAGUCAUCUGAACGGAUGAUUUUCUCUCUGACAUUGCAUAAAGCACAACCCCCAUCAUCGUAGCUUCAUGUGUACGUCUGCGCUCCGCUGAUGUGAUGAUCACUUCCAGCAACAUGGCGACGACCCCGGGCGGGGUACGCUUCUCGCCCCACACCUACGACAAGGUCACCAAGGCCAAGGUCACGCUAGAGAACUUCUACCACAACCUGUGGUUCCAGAAAGAGGAACGACUUAACAGACAAAAGAAGUUGGAGGAAUCAAUCUCAGGGCUUUCAGAAGAAGAGAAACGGGAGAAGCGAAACCAGCAUGCGCUGAAGGAAACCGAGUUCCUUCGCCUCAAGAGGUCGCGGCUCGGGGUCGACGACUUUGACUCCAUCAAGGUCAUAGGUCGCGGGGCCUUCGGCGAGGUGCGGCUGGUCCAGAAGAAGGACACGGGUCACAUCUACGCCAUGAAGAUUCUCCGCAAGGCCGACAUGCACGAGAAGGAGCAGGUUGCACACGUGAGGGCAGAGAGGGACAUACUAGUAGAAGCAGACAACCCCUGGGUGGUCAAGAUGUAUUACUCCUUCCAGGACCCUCACAAUCUCUACUUAAUCAUGGAGUUUCUGCCAGGAGGGGAUAUGAUGACGCUACUUAUGAACAAGGAAACCCUCUCGGAGGAAGCCACUCAGUUCUACGUAGCCGAAACGGUCCUUGCCAUUCAUUCCAUCCACAAAUUGGGCUUCAUCCAUCGCGACAUCAAGCCUGAUAACUUAUUACUGGACCCCAAGGGUCACAUUAAACUGUCAGAUUUUGGUCUCUGCACUGGCCUUAAGAAGGCUCAUCGGACCGACUUCUACAGAGAUCUAUCCAGAGCACAUCCCAGGGACUUCUCGAGCAUCAAACCCAUGGAUUCCAAAGACUCCAAACGGAAGAUGGAAAGCUGGAAGAAAAACAGAAGAGCCUUGGCGUAUUCUACCGUGGGCACGCCGGACUACAUCGCACCAGAGGUCUUCGUCCAAACUGGCUACACCCACGUCUGCGAUUGGUGGUCACUAGGUGUCAUCAUGUACGAGAUGCUGAUUGGCUAUCCGCCGUUCUGCUCCGAGACCCCCCAGGAGACCUACCGUAAGGUCAUGACCUGGAGAGAGACGCUGCAGUUUCCCGAGGAGGUGCCGAUAUCGACCGAAUCAAGGGAUAUGAUUCAGAGGUUCUGCUGUGACAGCGAGCAUCGAAUCGGGCGCAACGAUGUGGAGGAGAUCAAGGCGCAUCCAUUCUUCAAAGGGGUGGACUGGGAGCACAUCCGGGAGCGGCCGGCAGCCAUCCCCAUCAACGUCAAGAGCUUCGACGACACGUCCAAUUUUGACGAGUUUCCCGACAUUGAGCUCAAACCGAUUGCACCUCCUCCCCAGGAAGGCGAAGAAAACUACAAAGACUGGGUUUUCAUCAACUACACCUUCAAGCGUUUUGAGGGCCUGACCCAGAGGGGGGUGCCUCAGAGAAUUCCAGCCCACGUGAUCACGAGGCAACUCAUCCAGGACAAAGGGAUGUAGGCUUGACCGUGGGGGUCAUAAAAUCUAACCUAUGUUGUCCCCUUUCAACAGGUUUUAAACUGCAGUGACUUGGGCAAUGUGUGUAACCUCUUAACCCCUUAAAGGGAAUAUACAACAUUUGCAAACAUCCAAAAACAAAACUACCAAAUUAUUAUGAAAUACUUUGUUGGACUGUUAGUGAAUGACAGUCUAAAGCAUCCUGUAAAAGGAUGGCACCUGUGUGCUGACAUGUUCAAGAAAGGUGGUAUUUUUGUAUCAACUUCCUGACUUUUUUCCAACUACUACCCCCAAUGUACCAAAUGUAUUCAGUCCACAAAGUUGUUUGCAAUUGGUUACACGUCCGUGAACGGGUGCAAGCCAGCUAGGACUGGUUCCCCGACCUUACAAUUCUUUAAAACUGCUCUGUUUCAUCUUAAGUGGAGUCUGG